AUGUCUCAAGCCAAAGAGAUAGAAAAUCCAGCAAUCUUAAAAAGGCCAGUGGUAGAUCUUAAAAGAUCAUCAUCUGUCUUUGGGUCAGAUGGCACACAAAACUCACAAAAGCGGCCUAAGGUUCAACCAUCAAGUCGGCCAUCGGAUACUAAGUCCUCCUCUAUUAUUGUCAGUCACAGCAUGGGCAAGUCCAGCAACCAUUCUCGUAUACUUCUUCUACAACGCCUUGUUCGAGAAAUAUCAACCGAUUCUGAUCUCGCUGGUGUUGACUCGGAGAUUUUGGAUGCAAUUUCGAGGCUGGAUGACACGUUUCGUACGACGAAGAGUCAAUUGCCUUCCAAAGAUCCUUCCAUAGCUGGUGAGGUCCCAAUAUCACGCCACCCAGAUCACAGUCCCAAGUCGGUCAAUGGCUCGUUUGGCCUUGAGCUCCCCCCUAUCAUGGAUCACAAGCUUGAACUUGCUGUCUUUACCCAUCCAGCUCUUAGCAACAAUAAAAACACGACCUACGACCGACUCGAGAUCCUAGGCGAUGCAUACAUUGAGCUGAUUGCAACCAAACUCGUCUGGGAGAGAUUUCCAGAUUUACCAGCAGGUCGGAUAUCACAGAUUCGGGAGAUGCUUGUUAAGAAUGAGACACUUUCGGGCUUCGCAGAAAGCUUUGGUUUGGACCGCAGGGUUGCUGUGCCGCCAAACUACAACACCCCAUCAAAGCGAUGGACCAAAACAAAAGGCGACGUAUUCGAAGCCUACGUCGCGGCAAUCAUACUAUCCGAUCCUGUCUCUGGCUAUGAAGUAGCCGAGCAUUGGCUAGCAGGUUUAUGGGUGCCAAUUCUCAAGAACUUGGGACAUCAGAAAGGGGAGUUACGCUCCAAGGAGGCUCUUGCUAAGAAAAUUAUGGGGAAAAGAGUCAAGCUUGAAUACAUAGAGGAGCGUCCAUCAAUUCAGCAGAAGGGCGGUACACAAAAUUUCUUCGUCGCGUUAUAUCUCACUGGGUGGGGAUGGGACAAAAGGUUUCUGGGUUCCGGUCAGGGUUUGAGUAAAGCAGCUGCAGGUGACGAAGCAGCGAAAAAGACGUUGCUGAACACGCCUCUGAUUCUUGAGAUCAUAUCAGCGAAAGAGUCAUGGGAGUCUAACUCUUAA